CCCAGCACCACCACUCCUACCCCAGCCAGUCCCACUAUCACACCCACCCCGGCCCCCAGCACUGCCACCGGUGUCACUGGUGCUCCUGCCAGCACCCCAGCCAGAGCCACCACCUCACUGCCAAUUCCCGUGGUGUCCACUGGUGCAUUUCCCACCACCCCUGGGGCUCUGCCUUCUAAUACCACGCUGGAGUCCUCUUCUGUUGUCACACCUUCGUCUCCUCCUCUGAUGUCAACCACACUGGUGGUCCCCACCACUCAUGCCCCAACACGGGACACUACAUGCUUCACGCAGCCUGCACCUUCCCCUCCUCCUGCCCCCCUGCCCCUGUGUCCCUGCCCCACACCAGGGCUGGCUGUACCAGUGCUGCGCUCACGGGCAGGUGAGGAUGGUCUGCAGGGUGGGCACUGGGUGCUGAGUCACUGCUGCCUCUUGCACUGGGUGCUCUACCUGGCCUCCUUGGCUCUGCUGGUCCUGACCGUGCUGGCCCUGGCAGGCUGGCUGGCGUGGAUGUGUCUGGUGGGACGGCCCUUCUGGCACAGGUCCCUGCAGACCCGAGAGGUUCAGUAUCUGCUGCUGAGGGAGUCAACAGGAAGCCCUCUGAUGCAUCUCGGCAGCUCCAAAAGCCACCUCCAGCGCACCACGUUCUGUACCAUCAAAGAAGUAGAGUUGUACCCUCAGGUCACUUACUGCACAAUUAAAGACCUGGGGAUACAGUGCAGUCCUCCUGCAAGUUCUAAUUUCUGCACCACGAAGGAGCUCUGGAUCCACCAUAGUCCUCUGAACGCUUCAUUCAAGUCUUUCUCCACAAAGCCGAUGGCCACAAACCUUGGCUCCCUGAGGACCCCUUCUGCUUACAGCCUGGACAGGGGUAUCAAGGCCAUCGGGGAUGUGAGAGUAAAAUACGCUGGUAACACCUUGUAA